GAUGGAUGGAUUGAUGGAAAAACAAUGAUGAACUGAUGUUGAAACGAGCAACAGAAUGAUGAAUGGACGGAUGGAUAAAACAAUGGAUGGAUGGAGUGAUAGAACAAUGGUGGGAUGGAUGGAUCAAUAAAACAAUGGAUGGGAAGAAAAACAGAUAGAAUGAUAGCUGGAUGGAUGGAUGGAUAAAUACAAAAAGAAAUGGUUGUCACUCGGUAACCAGAAUGAAAAAUGGUCCAAAAACUACUUUUUCUUAUAAAUUGUCACAUUACUGCAAUUUCACUGGAACAGUGCUGAUACAUUCAUAUUUAAUUAAUAUUUAUGAAACUAUGAUGUAAAAAUGUAUCAAUUAAUAACAGAUCUAAUUAACCCUGAAGGAUACAGAGGACAACUCUUUUCUUUCCAGCAGAGCAUGAUGUAGUUAACACAUGUUAAUAUAAGUGUCUGUGAAAACCAAGCUAGUCACUUACUGUUCUCUGCAUCAUCCUUCACAUUCAUAAUCUUGAUGUCUUUAAUAUUGACUAAGACCAUGUCAAAGAUGGAAAUCAUAGUGAAAUUAACGGCUGAAAUCAAACUUUGACGCUUGUUAUCUCGUAAUUAGAUUUUUUGAGACUUUUUUUAAAGCUGACAGUAAAAAAAUAAAAGGUUUUGAAGUGUAUUGACAAAGUGUAUUAUCAAAAUAUCCUAGAGCACACUUCAUAUAUGGCAUGUAAACAAAACAAGCAGUGGUUGGACAUUUUACUAGAUGGUCAGACAGUCACUUCCUGUUUGAAUGGGCGGUUCUUAGCCAAUCAUGUAAGCAUCCUUGCUGUCUAUGGGAGGGUCGUCAGAGAGCUCUCGGAAUGCAUCAAAAAUAUCUUAAUUUGUCUUACAGGUUUGGAACAACGUGAGUAAUAAAUAACAAUUCUUUAUUUUGGGUGAGCUGACUGUUUAAAGCGCUUCUGGCCCUUCAGCGAUAGAUUUUCAUUGAAUAAACUUUGAUUCUUCUAGAAAAACAACAAUAAGUCGUCACGCCUAGACUUGACUCAGAAUGUCUCAAUGUCUGUGAGGUCAGGAUCGGGAAGCAGGAAUUUCUACAUGUCUACAGCACUUGUGUAACGCCGGUCCGCCUGUAAAUACACGUCCCAGAGCGAGAGACCGCUGUCAUUACAAAUCUGUAAGGGCUUAGCAAAGCCUAUGGGGAACAGGAAACCAGCAGCAGACACAAUGACAUGGGAUUAGUAACGAGUGAAGCCCCCAAACGUGACGUCGACACGACAGAAACCAGCCGUGCCCUUCCCAGCUUUCACAGGAACAUGAUGAAAGCCGGAGUGAAACAGCUCAGGUGAACCUCCUCAGUAUCUGAGAUCACACAGAAGUUACGUCGCCAGGUGUGACAUCACCACAGACCAAACAAACGCCGAGCUUUAGGGAGGGUCAGACUCCAUCUGCACCUGCGCGAGCUUCACCUGUUUGACGAUCUCUGGACUUUAACACUCGGGAUCUACGACCGACUCUGCACUGCAGAAGCAGAGCUCAAAAACGAGACAAAACUGUAAAGAUCUCUUGGGUUACGAAACUCCUCUAACGUUUGUUGGCUUCAGUCCUCAGAUGUUCAGAUGUGGGCGUGAAACACCUGCACACCUUUCAAGAACCAAUCUUUCUGCCACCAUCUGACGCUGUCGCACUACUGAAGUCUUAAGAUGCCCUUGAGGACGUCGUUACUCCGCAAGCCCACGUCUGGACGCUGGCAGAGGAGGCUAUCGAACCGAAAACAGGUUUUGUCGGUCAACAUGAUCAGCCUUCCCCUGGGUGAUUUCCGUCACCUGUCUCACAUCGGCACGAGCGGACACAUGGACAGUUUCGGAGACCUGUCGUUCCUGAAGGAGGGCCACAGUCUCCUGCUGCAGAGCUCCAAGAGCGAGCAGAACCUGUUCCUCCCGCCGCCUCCCAAACCGCCCCGAGUCAACGUGGACGAAGCCGGCCAGUGCAGCCCGAUCUGGGAGCAUGCACCGAACAAUCAGAGGCAGAAGUGUAGCUCACUUCCCCUCCUGGACACGGAAGAAGACGAGGACACGUGUUCACACCCGGAGACGACAGGCAUCAGCUGGAGUCCUGCUCGCGGAAGCCUGAGCUCCGGACGGGAUUCGACCCAAACCAACCCAGAGGAAACACAGCCGGACCAAACGGACUCAGCGUUCACGUUCAGUCUGGAUCUGGGACCCUCUAUACUGGACUCUGUGCUGCAAGUGAUGGAUAAAGUCCAUCAAUCGUGAACUGGAAACUAGGGCUGUCAAAUAAAAACUCUAAUUUUGAUAUUUGUCGAACAACAGAAAAAAAAUCCACAUUAGAAUACAAAAACGUUGGAUAGGGGCGGUAUCGUAUCGUUUCGCAGUAUCGUAUCGUUCGCGAUAUACCGGUAGAAUUAGGAUAAGAAUUAAGGUCCUUGCACACAUUUUCGUUUUUGUGUAUCCGUCAUCAUUUCCAAUAAAAAUCUGGUAACGGAUACAAAUAAACCUUCUCUUUUUAUGAUGGAUGAACGUUUCGGAGGAAGUGUGUAAACGUAACUGACACAACGUGAGGUUUGUGUUUGUGAAAAUUGCGAUUGACUUGGGAUCGUCUUCCCGCGAUAAUAACGAUACAGCCUAGUUGUUGACAAAUUAUUGUGUGCGACCGUACGUCGGCGGAAGGUGGACGUGAAACGAUACAAGAUAUCGCUAAACGAGGAGCUCCUUCUACAGUGUGGAACUGGUUUGUUCAGAGCUGUACAGUGCGACAUAAAUCAGUCUAAGCUUUGAAUAAAUGUACUACAGUAGCACAGUUUUGCAUGUGCAUGAGCUUGUUUACAAACCUGUUGACCAAAUAUAUAAUUUAUUGAUAUGCUUUUUCUCUUAAUUGAGUGUUUGAAAUAACUUUGUGACGAGAUGGGGUUUUAUCUAACAGAAUGAGGCAAAAAUCAUAAGAUUUUAUAUUAUUAUAUACAGUGAAUCAAAUCAUUAGUGAUCCAGCUUCACCUACAGAACAAGUGAAUAUAAGGUGUUUUUCUUUCGGGAAUCUUUGCAAAUUGACUUUACUAAUAAUGUGCUAGUUAGCAUGUUCCGUGGCUAAAGUUAAAAGUCUCUUAAGAACGGCUCGUCACUCCACAAAAGACUUAAAAAACGAAACAUCCCACUUCAUCUGCAGUUUGUAAAGUGCCCCUAUUAUGGGUUAUAAAAAAGGUUCAUAUUUGGUUUUGAGAGUCCCCAACAACAUGUCAAGGUCAAAAAACAAUUACAUUGUCUUAUAAUAUGCAUUUAUUUGUAUCAUUUUUGCUCAACGAUUCCCAAACGAUUCACGCAACGAUUCAUUUUUUCAAACCCCUCCUUUGCGUGAGGCUAAUCUGCGGGGAUUGGUAACUUACUCACAUUUCACUGCUGGUUAUAUAUAUGCUCUAUAUAAUCGUGUAUGUGGCGAAAAACAAUCUUGAAUCUUGAUAAAGCAGCGUUUGUGAGCACAGUGAUGCUUAGUUACUGGGGAAACAGCUAUUUUUACUGCUACAAAAGCGCCACCUAGUGGUAAAAAGGGAAUUUACAUUUUCACUCAUACCAAUGUGAAAACUGACUGAUGGUUUUUGACGUAAACAUGAAACACCUUGGAUUUCAUUUUAAAAACUUUUUUCAAAUUUUUUUUUUUGAGAGACUAUGAAUAACUUUAUACACGGUUCACUUUCAGAUUUAAAACUGUGCAGGGUGUUUUCAUUCACUUAGAGCUGUGUUAUAUAGUUAUGGGGUAUAUUAAACUAAAAAGUACUUUUUGCGAUUGGUUUUACUUUUUAUUAAUACGUACAUGAUGCUGUUUUGUUUACAAUAGUUAAAGCAACUUAAUUAAUUAUAUUUGGUUUAUACACAUUACUUUAAACACUAUGCACUUUGUUUCAAAAACAGUUGCGUUGUUUUAUAACUUCAAAUAAAUGUGGGUUAGUAAUAUUUUGCGUGAAGCGCCCUCUUGUGGCCUUUUCCCCUCUAACUGAAAUUAUGCCUUUUAUAUUCAAAUAUAAUUCAAAUACUGAUAAUACUUAAGUACAAAACUUGAAUUUAGGUUAAUUUAGCUAAUUUGACAGCCCUGCUGGAAACGGCCUGGAACUCGCUGCAGGAAGCUUGACAGAAAAGCAGCAGUGUUUCUGAUCCAACAUCUGAACUCUGGACAAUAAUAACAACACUCAAAACAUUGCUCAACAGGACAUUUCUUCCUGGAAAUGCAUUGAGACCAGCUUUUUGCUGUCCAAACCCCACACCCUUUUUUAAGAAAUACCCCCUUCGAAUGUAGUCUGUUAUAUAACGUUGUGUAACAGUCUGACUGUCCACCAUCAGAUAUUUCACUAGUAAAUGAUUGCUGGAGUCAAGUU